UUUAAUUGCCACUGUACAGUGCAGAUACAAAACCAAACUUCAAUGCAUAUACUUUGGUUUUCUUCCCCUUGUACAUAUGCAAAACCAGAAUUUAUCAUGCACGUCCCGAGCCCAACACUGACAAAAUGCACGUCCGAGCCCAACACAAACAAAACAAACAUGACAACCUCGGAACGGGAUAGGACAGGACAGCCCCGGAUCGGAAUAGGAUUGGACUGGACCGAACCGAACCAAAUGGGCUGGACAGAACCGAACCAGAUAAACUGGACCGGACCGAACCGAACCGGAAUAUGGACCGAACGGGGACUUCUCAUUUUCCACAAACAUAAUCUCUUCUUCGUCUUCGUUCAACAAGGACGUCCGAAUUUUCCUUCCACGGAUUUCCACUGAUUCAAUUUAAUAAAUUAAAUUAACUUAAAUCAAACAAUAAAACAAGGAUUUUCCAAAUCCCUAAUUACAAAUCAAAUCAAACUAACUAUGGAUUUAAUAUCUAGUUUGUUACAGUGAAAAUCUAAUAGCUAGUUUGUACAAAUCAAAUCAAAUUUCAACCAACCAAAUCAGUAUGGUAUAAAACAGAUUCAAACAUCAAACCAAUUCCUUGUAAUUUUAUUUUAGGGAAAAGAGAAAAAAAAAAAAUAUAUAUAUAUAUAUAUAGGAAAAAGUAAAUCAAACUUAGCUUAUUUGAUUCCAGCGAUUAUCAUCAGCUCUGCGGUAUAGCUCGUGCAUGAUAACGUGUUUUAGGAUAAUCAGGGAUGAAGGAAGGAGAUAUAGAGACAAGAAGAAAAACCAUUGUAUUAGAGAGAUCAGUGGUUCUAUUACAUAGAUUACAAUAUAUACAUAUCAAAUGGGUAAGUGAAUGAACCGCACAUCCAUGGACUGUAACCCCGUAACAGUUUCAUUAUUCAUCUGGGUAUCAAGAAAUCAUCUUCAUCUUCUUAAGGUAAUCUUAACAAAAGUAUUUUUACCCCUCUCUCUCUUUAAUUCUUAAAUAUGAUUUAAUGAAGAUGUUAGGACUUCCAUUUUGUUGUUUGAGCUUGAGAUAUGUUCUGCACUAAUGUUCAUUAGUCACCCCUAACAAUAAAUCUUCAUCAUAGUUUUGUAAAACCCUAAUAUAUAGAAAACCCCUCCCCGCAAAUGGUAGUUUAUUUGGAAAUAUUUGAAGGGUUUUAUGGAUUAGGCUGAAAAUGCAACAGCAAGCUAUUGAUUUCUUACUUUUACUAUUAAAUCUUGAUUAGGGUUUUGGAGCUACUGGAGUGAAGGGGGAUUUCAGAAUGGGUGUGGCAGAGGAUAGGAUCAGUGAGUUGUACGACCCACUGAUUCACCAUAUUUUCUCAUUUCUUCCGAUUCAAUGUGUAAUUGCUACAAGUGUUUUAUCUAAAAGAUGGAAGGAUAUAUGGAUUUCUGCUCCUGUUAUUAAUAUUCGCAAAUGGCGUCGGGAAGUUAAAAUUGACAAUGAGAAGAGAAUGCUCGAGGUUGUUCGGUGUGAAGAGACUGAUGGACUGGGUAAUUCUCUGGAUAGAAUGCUACUAUUUCCUACUUUUGGAGUUCCUAAUGAUAUUAUGCCUACUAUUAAGAAAUUUCAUCUCAAGUUUCGUGCUUUUGAUGAACAUGAGAAUACUAGGCUCUUCAAUAAUGAUAGAAUUUGUGGAUGGAUCUUUACUCUAAUUAUGCGCAAAGUGGAAGAACUCAGUCUCCGUUUAGUAAAAAACUUUUUGUUACCGCCAUGUUUGUUUACUAGUGAAACCCUGACUAUGUUGGAGAUAGAGAUGGCUGGGGAUCUUUCGACGAAAAUAAAAAAGACAGGGACUCUUGGUUUUCCUCAAGCAAUUUCUUUCCCAAAGCUCAAGAUUCUUCACCUUAAGCAUAUGGUAUUUCUGGAUGAGAGCUUGAAUGCGCAACUAUUCUAGAGUUGCCCUGUCCUUGAAGAAUUGAUGUUAUCUCAUUGUUACAUGAUGAAAAAGAAGGUUUUACAGAUUUCAGUUGCUUCGUUGAAGCGGUUAUUCAUUACUAACUCCAAGAAAUUUAGUUUUAAGAUCAAGAUAUAUUCGCCGAAUCUACAGUCUUUGACAUACAUUGGCAUACCAAGGGAUUACAUUAUGAUGGAUCAUAGCUUUUCAUCCCUAGUCGGUGCAGAUAUUAACAUUGCUGUCGAAUUUCUAAGUUUAAGAUCAAAAGGAAGACAGGCAUACCAAUGUGGUCUAAAAAACCUUCUAGGAGGGAUAUCGAAUGCAAAGCUUCUAAAAAUUUCUGACAGCACCCUUGAGUCUCUCUUAUGUGAAGGCCUCUUCACUUCACAAUCGCCUACCUCUCACAAUUAUACCUUUCACAACUUGAGACGAUUAGAAGUAAGUUCGAAGAUGUCGUGUGUGGCUAUUACAGUGUUGGUUUAUCUUCUUUCGGCCUUGCCUAAUCUGGAAUCAAUUGUCAUUGCUCAGGGUUUUUCCGUAUUCAAUCAAGUGGAUGACUUUGGGAGGCGAAAGCUGCCAGAGUGUUUGUUGCUACAGUUGAAAGCAGUCGAAUUGCGGGAAUUUUAUGGGACGAAAAGGGAGCUGAAUGUUAUAAAUUUCUUUUUAAAAGAGUCACUGGUUUUGCAGACAAUGGAUAUAGUAUUUUCUUCAACUUUCCCGCUAAGCUGGAAGGAUUUUUCAACUUUUCCGCAAGGAUGGAAGAAUUCUCCAGCUUUCUGGGAAAGCUGGAGGAUUAUUCAACUUGGCUGCAAGUCAUGAAGGACGAAUUUAGGCAAAGGAUGCUGAAAACCAUGAAGGACGAUGUCAUGGAAAGGAUACUGAUGCUUCCAAAAGGCUCUACAGACUGUGCGAUCAAUUUCUCAUCAUAAAACAUUCAGGAAAGUUUCUGUUUUUUUUUCCCAGUACCAACUUUACAAGUAGGAGAUUAUUUAAGGGUACUUCACUAUAGGAACUCUUCGGGGGACACACUACAGUAGCAUAGGCGUUUGUAGCUAGUACCUAGAGUACGAGAACACCUGAUUAGGUCAGUGGUGAGUGAACUCUAACUGGCUUAACGAUUUUAUAAAUUCCCUUCUGUCUUUUGUUGCACUCAUCAUUUCUUUUUGGUAGAAUAUCAAUAUAUCCUCAUUUCAUUACAUUAAAAAUAUAUCUUCUUCCCUUGAAAAUAGGCUAGUAAUAUGGAUGGUCGAAUAAUACAGUCUGGAGUCUUCACACCUGUCAUAUGUCGUCUAACAAGAAACCUGAUUGUUUUAUAAUUUCUGGCAGGUUCAAUCAAUCACUCGGAGAAAAGAAAAAUACUGUAGGUAGGUGAUAGAAUUUAAAACUGCAGCAGCGUUCAAACGUGCAGAGAACUUAUUAUUUUUUGUAGUCGUUUCCAGGUUUGUAACUUAUAUCUUGUUAUUAUCCUAGAGUGAAUGGACGAUGUUUAUGUCCCAGUUAGUCUACCCCACAUAAUGUUUCUUUGUUUUUUUGUGUGCCAAUGUCAUGUUAGUAGCUAGUAACCAUUUUUAACAUUGAUGAAAUGACAACAUUAUGUGAUUAUACGAGAGAUCUAGAUCUAGAUCCA